UUUUUUACACUUUCGGUUUCCUUCUGCUAGUCUUGUAACGUAAUCCCUUUGCUGAUCAUUUGAUCUUCAUUUUUUCCCCCUUUUAGUCGUUGCGAUCUCGAAUUUUCGAAAGUGUCGCACUAAUUGAGUUUCAUUGCGUCACAAUCCAAAGGGUUUGAGUUAUUUUGUUUAAAUUGGUGUUUGCAAUGCACAAUGCAUACAUUCGUACUCGAAGAGAUAACUGGAGUUGCUACUAUCAUGCGAGAUUGAUUGUCGAUAUUUACAUGUCGAAGGUUACGGCUGAUUAGAUCAUAGACUGUUUUUUUUCCUUCAUUCUUUUCAUCACUGUCUUUUUAGACUGUGAUCUGAUAACUUCCAAGCCAGUCACUGCCUUUCAGUUGCUUGACUGGUCCUAAUUUACUUUUCUUCACACCACCACAACAGUCUUUCCUCUCAUUCUUGCCAGUCCGCUGUAGGAUACAGACAGUACUGCUGCUGCUGCUGUACAGGACGUGAACACUGAUUCAAAAAUGCCUGGUGUGAUUUCAAAGCACCUGACACAGUUUUCAACUGCGACUGGAAUUCCUGAAACUACACUGUCUCGUGUCACCUGUGCUGUUUUUGUGGGUUUGUACUAUGGGAAGGUCAUCCACCCAAGGCUCGUCAGCCUCUUGGCUCGCAACUCAACUCUCAACCCAAAGAAAGUGGCCAGAAAAGACUUGAACGACAACAAACAAAAUGUGUCACCAGAACAGGAGUCUACAGAAGAAGCCAUCAAAAACAUAGAAAAGUUGGGGCUGCAAAAAGAAAACCAGAAGAAGAAUCCGACAGUCAACAAAGCCUUUCUGUUCCAACUUCAAAAACUGUUGCAGAUCAUGGUACCCAGUGUUUGGUCGCGUGAGUCCGGCAUCCUCACUUCACACACGCUGACCUUGAUUGCUCGCACCUUCCUCUCUAUCUACGUAGCCAUGUUAGAAGGACGCAUGGUCAAGUAUAUCGUCCGUCGUGAUGUGAGAAAUUUUUCUUUCAUGCUACUUCGGUGGCUGCUCGUAGCACUGCCGGCUACCUUCAUCAAUUCCAUGAUUCGCUUCCUCGAAUCUCACCUUGCCAUGAGAUUCCGCACGAGACUAGUCAGAUAUGCCUACAAGCUUUAUUUCGAGCAUCAGACUUACUAUCGCGUGAGCAACCUGGACGGCAGAUUGGAAAACGCCGAUCACUGCUUAACUGAUGACAUCACGGCUUUUACAUCUUCCGUCGCCCAUCUUUACUCUCAUCUCACGAAACCUAUUUUAGAUCUGGUUCUUAUCACCAUUUCACUCUACAAUAUUGGAAAGGGAAUGGGAGGUUCCGGGGUACCUGGUCCACUUUUGGCAGCGACUGUUAUCUUCCUAACUGGUCAAAUUUUGAAGGCCGUUUCGCCCAAAUUUGGAAAACUGGUAGCUGAUGAAGCCAACCUGAAAGGUUAUUUACGCUACAUUCAUUCGCGAAUCAUCGCCAAUGCGGAAGAAAUUGCUUUCUAUAAUGGGCACAAGGUUGAGUUGAAUCACUUGAACCGAGCCUACAAAGCCGUCUGCGACCAAAUGAUAUCCAUUUUCUCUCAAAGACUGUGGUACAUUAUGCUUGAACAGUUUUUGAUGAAGUAUGUUUGGUCUGGUACAGGAAUGGUUAUGGUCUCCAUUCCCAUCAUUCUCGGCAACAAAGACCAAGAAAAUAGCAAAGACGGAGGUGUGAGUUCUAGAACGCAAUACUUUACAACGGCCAAAAACAUGCUAGCCUCCGGCGCUGAUGCCGUAGAACGCUUGAUGACAUCUUACAAAGAAAUCGUGGAGCUAGCGGGUUACACAUCUCGCGUUGGAAACAUGUUGGAUGUUUUUGAGGAAGUCGGACGGGGCCAUUACGAAAAGCCAUCCAUCAAGGGCAAUUCAAAAUCGGGACAGAGACAGUGGGAGACCCUUCGAUUGACUGUGAAAAAUGGUCUACCCAUUGCCACGGGUGAGUUGACUGAAUAUUCUGACGGAGUUAUUUCACUGGAUGACGUUCCAAUUGUGACACCAAAUUUCGAUGUUGUCGUCCCCUCAUUAUCCUUGAAGGUUGUCAAGGGUAUGCAUCUCUUGAUAACUGGACCGAACGGUUGCGGAAAAAGCUCUCUGUUGCGUAUCCUCAGUGGCUUGUGGCCCGUUUAUAGAGGCAAAUUACAUAAGCCUCCAACGGAGGACAUGUUUUACAUCCCGCAACGCCCCUACAUGUCUAUCGGCAGUUUAAGGGACCAGAUUAUUUAUCCCGACACGCUAGAAGAGAUGAGAAACAAGCGAAUUACUGACGAACAUUUAGAUGAGAUUUUACAGCAGGUUCACCUUGCUCACAUCGUUCGACGUGAAGGUGGUUGGGAUGCAGCAGCUGAUUGGAAAGAUGUCCUCUCAGGAGGCGAAAAACAACGGAUGGGAAUGGCCAGGCUUUUUUAUCAUAAACCGCAGUUUGCCUUGCUGGACGAGUGUACUAGCGCAGUCAGCAUUGACGUCGAAAGCCAAAUUUAUCAAGCUGCCAAAGAUGCUGAUAUUACACUUCUCACUAUCACCCAUCGCCCAUCUUUAUGGAAAUUCCAUACGCAUCUGCUUCAAUUUGAUGGUGAAGGCAAGUGGACUUUGGAGCCAUUGAAUACUGAAACCCGGCUUACGCUCAAGGAAGAGAAACAGCGUUUGGAGGCGCAGUUGUCUGGCAUUCCUCGUAUACAGGAUCGUCUGAAGGAAUUGUGCGUUCUUUUGGGAGAAGACUCGUCUACACAAGAGGAAGUGGAGUCCAACUCUUCCGAUUGAUUCAACCCAUCAUAUUCAGUUCAGUUCUCCAUGUUUAGCUGAGGAAAAAUCAUUCAGCAACCUUUAUCCUCUUAGUCAAUUUAUGAUGAAUUAUGAUUUAAACAACAUGCGGUGUGAUAGCGCGUUAGUCCCAGUCGCUCAGAAAACAUAUUUUUUGGGGUUCUAAGUUUAGAUAGAAUACUUUUUUUUUCAGUUUUUUUUUUAAACAAUAUUUCCAAAUUAAAAUUUCCUUGUUAGUUUUUUGUUGGCUGGCUGGAACCUAGAACCAGUUUCGAUUCUUUCUCCCCAUUGUACUAGUCCAAUUUGACGGGCACAUGUUUUCGGCAUAUUAACAGUGCUACAUGAAACCCCGUCGUUAUUUUUAAUUAUUUAGUAAAAUCCCUUGUUGUUUUGCAAAUGACGGAUCUUUACUGACAUUUGCUCGAAAUCGUUCAUGAUAGAAAUUACUCUACAUUUUCUUUAAUCAGGGUCAAAAUUGCUGAUGAUUACGAGAAGGAAGCCGCAACCGGAAAACAUUUUGUUAUUACAUUAAAAAAAAAAACCUUUCACUCAGCAGCACCCAAUUGAGACAUAAUAUUUCAAUUACGUAAUUAUCUUUAGUCACAAUUGUUAUUCAACUCGAAAGCCAGAAACAUCGUGCCAUCGUUUCAAUUUGUGGAACUUUUAUGGCUGGCCGUUUUUCUUUCAAAUUUACGCGGUAUUUUACCAUGUCAGUCACUUUUCUUUAAGGGCAUUGCUUGAUCCUGUACAACUUGUCCUUUACUUGAUUAGUUUAGUGAAAAUAAAUAGAUAUGCUGUAUAUCAAUAUUUUAGCCUUCAA